AUGUCUCAGAGGUUCCGGCCAGUGUCCGAAGGCCGCCGUGAACGGGAAACAUUUAGAUACGACCCUUCCCUGAUUGCUCAGGCUGUUUACAAUGAUCUGGAUAACCUCAUCCCGCCGGCGGAACUGCGCGGUUCCGCAGAUCCGGCGCUGACGACGUUUGCUGAGCUCGCCGUCUUGCGUCUCAAGACCUCCCGUGCUCUGAUUUCUCUCUUUGAUCGCAACUACCAGUACAUUGUUGCCGAGGCCACGCCCUCGCUUCCGUUGGCGCCCUAUGCCAAGAUCAAGAAUCAUGAAGCGGGGGAGCAUCUCGUGCUCUGCGGCACAGCCAUUCCGCGCGUUGCUGGGAUCUGCGAGCUUGCCCUCGGCGUUCCAGGGUCUCUCGCCUGCAAUGGUUCUACGGACGACGCCGACAUUCCCGUGACCAUAAUACCAGACCUCGCAGCAGAUCCCAGGUCCUCGCAGCGCGCCUUCUGCCACCUUGCGCCCGAGAACCGCUUCUACACGGGCGUCCCGUUGCGAACCCCCAAGGGCAUCGAGAUUGGCGUCUUUUGCGUCUUUGACACGCGGCCCCGCGAGGACCUGGACGACGUCUCGAUACAGUUCCUGCGGGAUCUUUCCCAGGUCAUCGUGGACUACCUGGACUUUAAGCGCCAGAGGGAAAACAACCGCCGCGCGGACCGCAUGAUUCGUGGGGUUGGCAGCUUUGUCGAGGGCGAAAGCACCAUUCCCGAAAGGGGCACUGCCGAGGGUCCGGGGGCUUUUGAUGAUCACUCGGCUCAGAAAGGCGUCGUGGGCAAGGUGCAGCAGCAGCAGCAGCAGCAGCACGCUAAGCGGGAUCUGGACCUUGAGUUGACAGAAGCUUCGAAAAAUUGCCAAUCACCAUCCCAAGCACCGCCCCUGCGGCGGCCAGGCCCGAGCCCGAUAUCUAAUCCGAAUUCAUCUUCCAAUAUCGGUCGGUCCAUUUCCGGUUUUGCACAAACGCAAAGCCAUCUACAGGAGCCUGGAACUCGGCGUAUCUUCUCGAAAGCUACGGAUCUCAUUCGCGAGGUUAUUGAUGUGGACAGUGUGUUGUUCUUGGAAGCCAGCAUCAGAUCUUUUGGCGGUUUGGCCGAGCCAAAAGCAUACGCCGCCAGACCUGUGCAAGACAACGUGUCAUCUUCUUCAUCUAAUGACGAGAGGGAUUAUCAUCAACGAAAUGGAAUAGGCAUCCGCAGCCAAAGAAGCGAGCAGCACACUUGUCGGGUUCUCGGAUUCUCAAGCAUCGAUGGCGGCUCGCCUUCCCAGGCUUGCUCGUCGGUGUCGGAAAGAUUCCUCGUCAGGCUUUUGCGGCGCUACCCGCAGGGCAAAAUCUUCAACUUUGACACCAAGUACAAGAUCCUAUCUGGUGACAACUCAAGCGGUGAGACCAUCUCGGGCCUGGCAGCGGUCGAGUCGAGCGAAGCCUGGACCGCAACGGAAAAUGGACUUGGGCACAGGCCAGAGCCGUGCCGUAAGCGACAUAAGAAACGGAUAUCUCGCCUCAACGAAGCGAAAAAUAUUGCUGCCAUAUUUCCCGAGGCGCGAAGCGUGGCUAUUGUGCCCCUCUGGGACACGCAGAAGCACCGCUGGUACGCCGGAGGUUUUAUUUGCUCGACGACUCCAGGUCGGACGUUUGCAGUCGAGCAUGAGCUGAGCUACCUCCGGACUUUUGGCAUCGUCAUCAUGUCCGAGGUCGACCGCUUGAAAGCUCAGCUUAUGGAGACGUCGAAAAUCGACUUUUUGAGCUCGCUGUCCCACGAGCUGCGGUCUCCCCUGCACGGCAUCAUCCUCGGCGCAGAGCUGCUCAGCGACACUCCCUUGGACGCGUUUCAGGGCGAGAAGCUAGCCUUGAUUGAAACCUGCAGCAGGACGCUGCUGGAAACCAUCAAUCACCUGCUGGACUUGAGCAAAAUCAAUAAUUUCCUCGGCAAUGCAUCAUCACGUCGGCAAGCCACACGAGACGCCAGGGUUCCAAGCGGAGUCAGGGGUUUCAACUCUAGGGGUGCAGGGGACUGUGAAAAGCUCGGGAUUGAGGCAGGCAUGAUGACCAUUGCCUCGGAUUUCGAACUCGAUGUACUCACCGAAGAGGUAAUCGAGAGCGUCUGCGCUGGAUUCAGCCACCAACGGCUGUCGACAGAAGGCGUCGAAGACCAGAACAUGAUUCGGAAACCGGAUGGCAUAGAAUCGAUUCAAGACGCCACUCUCAAGUCGGAGAGGCAUGUCGGAGACGUUGCCGUAAUGUUCGACAUCAACCCAGCUGUGUCUUGGACUUUUCAUGCUCAGUCGGGUGCAAUACGCCGCAUCAUCAUGAAUCUUCUGGGCAACUCGUUAAAGUUCACCAGCAAAGGCACGGUCGACGUCACCGUGGUCCAGAUGCUCCAAGACGAAGGGAAAGCUCAAAACUUGACUCCUGUGAAAAUCAUCGUCACCGACACCGGGAGGGGGAUCGGCCAAGAGUUUCUUCGUCACAACCUGUUCUCGCCAUUUUGCCAAGAAGACAGCCUUUCGUCGGGGCUGGGUCUCGGCUUGAGCUUGGUGAAUAAGAUCGUUGCCACCAUGGGCGGGUCAAUCCAGGUCGUGAGCAAGCUGGGCCAGGGAACAAAGGUGACGGUCGUUCUUCCGUUGCGAGGAGCGGCCUCGUCGUCGCCAACAGGCAACCUCUCCUCGGCGGGAUUUGAAGAAUUCAAAGCACUCACUGGCCAGCUGGAGGGUCUCCAAGUUGCGCUGAUUGGGCUGCCGACCGAGCAAAACGGCCACGGAGGAGGUGGCGAUUCUGACUGGUUGCAGGGCACCCGUGGCGAAGGUGCUUUGCUCGCAAACUUUUGCACGCAGUGGUUGCGAAUGCGCAUUUUCGAAGGCUCGACUUGUGCACCGCUGCCCGCAGAUCUGAUCAUAACCACGGAAGCUUGCUUGGAAAAUUUGUUGGCCGACCAAAGCCACGGCAGCGUCUCGACACCUGUGGUGGUGGUCUGUCAAAGCCCGCUAGUUGCGCGCCAAAUGGCAACCUCGGCCAGGUUCAACAAUGGCAACUCCAUAUUUGAGUUCGUCUCACAGCCUAUCGGUCCUAGAAAACUUGCCAAGGCCCUGUUGCUAAGUUUGAGGCGGCGGGUAAAAUCGCAAACCUCUGCGACCUCGAUUGCAACUCCGUCGUCGCCGGUCACUCCAAAAGUCACUUCUGGUUUGACACCCAGAGGCUCUGAAAUUGAGGAUGGGACUGCGCAAACCUUUCGACAACGCAUAGAAACCGUUGUACAAACAGCAACAGCGGUGAAAGUCGACUCUUCUGUCAAGGAAAGCGAAACCCAAAGCAGCGUUAUCCCUCAACGACCAAAAGAAGGCUCUGUGUCAGCUCUUGGGCCCGCAGAUGCUCCAACCAAGACGGCUGAAAAGUCCGACGCCAAUGGGCCGAGGUUUCUACUGGUCGACGACAACCCGAUCAAUCUGAAGAUUUUGGUGUCGUAUGCCAAAAAGCUCGGCCGCCGGUUCGCCUGUGCCACAAACGGACUGGAAGCCUUUGAGGCUUUCAGGGAGAGCAUCGGUCAGGGUGCCGACGCUUUCAAGUUCGUCUUGACCGACAUAUCGAUGCCCGUCAUGGAUGGCUUCGAGUCGACCCGCCGUAUGCGCUCCCUCGAAAUGGAACGGGGGCUGCCGCGGUGCAACAUAUUCGCGCUCACGGGCCUGGCGUCGGCGGGCGCGCAGGAGGAGGCGUUUGCGAGCGGCAUUGAUUUGUUGCUCACCAAACCGGUGCGGCUCAAGGAGCUGAACAAGAUCCUGGAGAGCAAGGGGGCGUUUUUGUAA